AGACUGAGGUAAAGUUGGGAGCGCAGCGGCGUUGGCGGCGGCGGUGGCGGCAGCGGCAACGCGGCGGGGCCGGUAUUCUACCUUGUAAAUACUAUUAUUUGUAUAUACUGUAAAUGAUGACAUCGGUGGGCACUAACCGAGCCCGGGGAAACUGGGAACAACCUCAAAACCAAAAUCAGACACAGCACAAGCAGCGGCCACAGGCCACUGCAGAACAAAUUCGACUUGCACAGAUGAUUUCGGACCAUAAUGAUGCUGACUUUGAGGAAAAGGUGAAACAAUUGAUUGAUAUUACAGGAAAGAACCAGGAUGAAUGUGUCAUUGCUUUGCAUGACUGCAAUGGAGAUGUCAACAGAGCCAUCAAUGUACUGCUGGAAGGAAACCCAGAUACGCACUCCUGGGAAAUGGUCGGGAAGAAGAAGGGAGUCUCAGGACAGAAGGAUGGUGGCCAGACGGAAUCCAACGAGGAAGGCAAAGAAAAUCGAGACCGUGACAGAGACUAUAGCCGGCGACGUGGUGGUCCUCCAAGACGGGGGAGAGGUGCCAGCCGUGGACGAGAGUGUAUGCAUGGGGCUUUAACAAAACCAGCUGUGGUUCGGGGUCAGGAAAAUGGAUUAGAUGGCACCAAGAGUGGAGGGCCUUCUGGAAGAGGCACAGAAAGAGGGAGAAGAGGUCGAGGCCGAGGCAGAGGUGGCUCUGGUAGGAGAGGAGGAAGGUUUUCAGCUCAAGGAAUGGGAACUUUUAAUCCAGCUGAUUAUGCAGAGCCAGCCAGUACUGAUGAUAACUAUGGCAAUAGUAGUGGUAAUACGUGGAACAACACUGGCCACUUCGAACCAGAUGAUGGGACGAGACUUGAUUUCAUUGGGGUUGAGGGGUCAAAUUAUCCCCGAAAAUUUGAGACUGCUCCUGGUGCAUGGAGGACUGCAACAGAGGAGUGGGGAACUGAAGAUUGGAAUGAAGAUCUUUCUGAGACCAAGAUCUUCACUGCCUCUAAUGUGUCUUCAGUGCCUCUGCCUGCAGAGAAUGUGACAAUCACUGCUGGUCAGAGAAUUGACCUUGCUGUUCUGUUGGGGAAGACACCAUCUUCAAUUGAGAAUGAUUCCUCUAAUAUGGAUCCAUCUCAGGCUCCUUCUCUUGCCCAGCCUCUGGUGUUCAGUAACUCAAAGCAGAGUACCAUAUCACAGCCUGCUUCAGGGAACACAUUUUCUCAUCAUGGUAUGGUGAGCAUGUUAGGGAAAGGAUUUGGUGAUGUUGGUGAAGCUAAAGGCAGCAGCACCACUGGCUCCCAGUUCUUGGAGCAAUUCAAGACUGCUCAGGCCCUGGCUCAGUUGGCAGCUCAGCAUUCUCAGUCUGGAACCACCACCACCUCCUCUUGGGACAUGGGCUCCACCACACAGUCCCCAUCGUUGGUGCAGUAUGAUUUGAAGAAUUCAAAUGAUUCAGCAGUGCAUAGUCCCUUUACAAAGCGCCAGGCUUUCACCCCAUCUUCAACCAUGAUGGAAGUGUUCCUUCAGGAGAAGCCGCCUGCAGUGGCUACCUCCACAGCUGCACCUCCACCCCCAUCUUCUCCUCUGCCAAGCAAAUCCACUGCUGCUCCACAAAUGUCUCCUGGGUCUUCAGACAACCAGUCCUCCAGCCCUCAGCCGGCUCAGCAAAAACUGAAACAGCAGAAGAAAAAAGCCUCCUUGACUUCUAAGAUUCCUGCUUUGGCUGUGGAGAUGCCUGGCUCAGCAGAUAUCUCAGGGCUAAACCUGCAGUUUGGGGCAUUGCAGUUUGGGUCAGAGCCUGUCCUUUCUGAUUAUGAGUCCACCCCCACCACGAGCGCCUCUUCAAGCCAGGCUCCAAGUAGCCUCUAUACCAGCACGGCCAGUGAAUCUUCAUCCACAAUUUCAUCUAACCAGAGUCAGGAAUCCGGUUAUCAGAGCGGCCCAAUUCAGUCGACGACCUAUACCUCCCAAAAUAAUGCUCAGGGCCCUCUAUAUGAACAGAGAUCCACACAGACUCGACGGUACCCCAGCUCCAUCUCUUCGUCACCCCAAAAGGACCUGACUCAGGCAAAGAAUGGCUUCAGUUCUGUGCAGGCCACGCAGUUACAGAACACACAAUCUGUUGAAGGUGCUACAGGCUCUGCAGUGAAAUCUGACUCACCUUCCACUUCUAGCAUCCCCCCUCUCAGUGAAACAGUAUCUGCAGCUUCCUUAUUGACAACAACCAAUCAGCACUCAUCCUCCUUGGGUGGCUUGAGCCACAAUGAGGAGAUUCCAAAUACUACCACAACACAGCAUAGCAGCACAUUAUCUACUCAGCAGAAUACCCUUUCAUCAUCAACAUCUUCUGGGCGAACUUCAACAUCCACUCUUCUGCACACAAGCGUGGAGAGUGAGGCGAAUCUCCAUUCUUCCUCCAGCACUUUCUCAACCACCUCCAGUACAGUCUCUGCACCUCCCCCUGUGGUCAGUGUCUCCUCCAGUCUGAAUAGUGGCAGUAACCUGGGCCUCAGCCUAGGCAGUAACUCAACCGUCACAGCCUCUACUCGAAGCUCAGUUGCUACGACUUCAGGAAAAGCUCCUCCCAACCUCCCUCCUGGGGUCCCGCCAUUGUUGCCUAAUCCAUAUAUUAUGGCUCCAGGGCUGUUACAUGCCUACCCGCCGCAAGUAUAUGGUUAUGAUGACUUACAGAUGCUUCAGACAAGAUUUCCAUUGGAUUACUACAGCAUCCCAUUUCCCACACCCACCACUCCGCUGACUGGGAGGGAUGGUAGCCUGGCCAGCAACCCCUAUUCUGGUGACCUCACAAAAUUUGGCCGUGGGGAUGCCUCCUCCCCAGCCCCGGCCACAACCUUGGCCCAGCCCCAACAGAACCAGACGCAGACUCACCACACCACGCAGCAGACAUUCCUGAACCCGGCGCUGCCUCCUGGCUACAGUUACACCAGCCUGCCAUACUACACAGGGGUUCCGGGCCUCCCUAGCACCUUCCAGUAUGGGCCUGCUGUGUUCCCUGUGGCUCCUACCUCUUCCAAGCAGCAUGGUGUGAAUGUCAGUGUGAACGCAUCGGCUACCCCUUUCCAACAGCCGAGUGGAUAUGGGUCUCAUGGAUACAACACUGGUGUUUCAGUCACCUCCAGUAACACGGGCGUGCCAGAUAUCUCGGGUUCUGUGUACUCCAAGACCCAGCAGUCCUUUGAGAAACAAGGUUUUCAUUCCGGUACUCCUGCUGCCUCCUUCAACUUGCCUUCAGCCCUAGGAAGUGGGGGGCCCAUCAAUCCGGCCACAGCUGCUGCCUACCCACCUGCCCCUUUUAUGCACAUUCUGACCCCUCAUCAGCAGCCGCACUCCCAGAUCCUUCACCAUCACCUGCAGCAGGAUGGCCAGACGGGCAGCGGGCAACGUAGCCAGACCAGCUCCAUCCCGCAGAAGCCCCAGACCAACAAGUCUGCCUACAACAGCUACAGUUGGGGGGCCAACUGAGACCUUGGCCCUGCUCUCCUGGUCCCAUCUUCUGAGAGGGCUUCUCAGCCUGGCAACUAUGGAAACAGCAUCAAAGAAAGAAAGAAAGGAAUGUGGGGGGGGUGUUCCGCUGCCCCCCACUCCCAGCGGCCCACCCUAUGCCUCAGCUUCAUGUCUGUCCCAUUCCCAUGCCAUCCCCACUCUGUUGUAUGUAUUAUAGGAUUUGUAUUUUCUCUCUUUUUUUUUUUUUCUUCCUUUCCUCUCCUCCCUCCUUGCAUACAAGAUUAUGAAACUUUGCUGUGGGCCCUACCCUUUCUUCUCCUGUUCACCCUGGUGGUGUAUGGGGAGGUGGGGAGGGAGGACCCCAAAUAUAUAUCAGCCCAACAGCCCUAAGUCUCCUCCUUUAUUAUUAGGAAACAAAACAACAACAAAAAAAUGGCGUCAUGAAUAUGAACAGCAUUGUCAGAUGAAUUAGUUGAAGUGUUUUUUUUUUUUUUUUGUACUGUGUCCUCAAAUUUAAUGGAUUAAUGUGUCUUGUAUAUAUAAAAAGAAAACCUCUACAUUCAGCCUCUGCCCAUUCUUGCUCCGUCUAGGGUGUCCUCAAUCUCGUCGAUGACCAGCUUGGUGAAUAAGUAUUACUGUACCAACUGGGCCUCCCCUAGCAGGCCCCGAAGGCAGUGGAAUAAAAUGAAAUCUUCGCCCUAUAAGAACUCCUGACCUUAAUGUGGUAGCUUACCCUUGAGUGGAUUCCCUACCCUAAGAAUUUCACAGCCUGGUGUCUGGAAAGAACCACCACAAAUCAUCAUUUCCUCCAGAAACUUCACACAUCUACAGCUGAUACCAGGCAGUGAAGGGAGGGG